GAGCUUCUAAUGAAGGUUAUUGGGUCCUUUACAUUGAUUACCAUAGUUGGAUUUUUUCUGCAUUUGUACAAUGUUUUAAUAAUUAAGCCGGAAAAGCUCCGAUCGAUUUUGCGGAAGCAAGGUGUCGCCGGACCACCACCUUUGCCGCUGCUCGGAAAUAUAUUGGAGAUCAAGAAGUCGAAAACUGCCGCCGCCGCCGCAGCUUCUCCGCCGCUCCAUGGCGGACCACCGGCCAACCACAGCUGUGCCAAAACCCUAUUCCCUUUCUUUGAGGAUUGGCAAAACAAAUAUGGCGAAGUGUUCGUGUUUUCGCUCGGGACGACACAAAUACUACACACAACGAAUCCGGACAUGGUACGAGAAAUAACGACAUGCACGUCGUUGGAUUUGGGGAAGCCGUCGUACCAAGCUAGAGAAAGAGGAUCUUUAUUGGGACAAGGCAUCUUAACAUCCAACGGUCCUUAUUGGUCGCAUCAACGGAAAAUCAUCGCGCCCGAAUUAUACAUGACCAAAGUCAAGGGUAUGAUGAAUAUAGUGACAGAAUCAACUCUUACAUUGGUCAAUUCAUGGAAAAGUAUAAUUAGUGAAGCUAAUAACAAUGGAGGAAUUGCUGACAUAAAAAUAGACCAACACAUGAGAAGUUUUUCGGGAGAUGUAAUAUCGAAAGCGUGUUUCGGUAGUAAUUAUUCGAAAGGCGAAGAAAUCUUCUAUAAACUCAGAGCACUUCAAGAAGCAGCUUCCAAGAAAGUCUUGGCCACUGGCAUUCCUGGAAUGAGGCAUGUUCCGACGAAGAGCAACCGGGAGGUGUGGGCGCUAGAGAAGGAGAUAAAGGGGUUGAUAUUGAAUGUGGUGAAGGAGAGAAAAGAAGCCGGGUUCGAAAAGGAUUUGCUGCAGAUGCUUCUAGAAGGAGCCGAGAGCAGCGACCUCAGCCAAGAGGCGAUAAAUCGAUUCAUCGUGGAUAACUGCAAGAACAUAUACUUGGCCGGUUACGAGACCACCGCGGUUUCCGCCACGUGGUGCCUCAUGCUUCUAGCAUCCAAUCCCGGGUGGCAAGAGCGCGUGCGCGCCGAGGUUCUUGAAGUUUGCAACGGCCAAGUCCCGGAUUACGACAUGGUCCGUAAGAUGAAACUGUUGACUAUGGUGAUCAACGAGUCGUUGCGUUUGUACCCGCCGGUGACGGUAGUGUCGAGGGAGGCGUUCAAGGACAUGAAAUUCGGGGGUAUAGACGUGCCCAAGGGGGUGAAUUUGUGGACCUUCGUCCUUUCGUUGCACACCAAUCCCGAGAUAUGGGGGCCUGAUGCCUAUGAUUUCAACCCCGACAGAUUUGCCAACGGGAUCACCGGUGCGUGCAAGUUUCCGCACUUGUACAUGCCGUUUGGGGUGGGCCCGAGAGUUUGUCUCGGGCAGAACUUAGCGCUCGUCGAACUCAAAGUGUUGACCGCUCUCAUUGUGUCGAAUUUCAGCCUCGCUCUCUCUCCGGCUUAUGUUCACUCACCGGCUCUUAGUUUGGUGAUCGAACCGGAGUUUGGGGUUGAUUUGUACGUGAAGAAAUUGUAGACGGACCCUCGAUUAUUUCGCGUGAUCGAAGAGGAUAAGAUAUUUAUUUCGUUUUU